UUUUCCGGGAAAUGAACUCCAUGGAAAUGAACGGGCAGAAUAACAAUCCUGCUGAUGGUUUUUCGCGAGAGGCUAAAUGCGCAGGCGUGUUGCGGUGUGGGUGGAUUUUGGGUGCCCGCUUGAACAGGGCGGCGUUUCUAUGGUGAGGAGGUCUUUAAUACGCCACAUGGACCCAGACACAUCGCACCUUCUGCCUCUGCUUUUAUCGCAUUUUUCGGAUGAUACAUUGUAACAGCCAUCUGCAUCUCUCGCGUAUCGGUCGUAGUCGUGUUUUUAGUUGUGUUUAUAAACGUAAGGCCUCUCAGGCGCUUAUCAAGGAUCUCUUUGAAGCGUUCAUGUUAUUAUCCUCUCUAGGAAUAUUCUGGACUCUUUAUUUAGCUUAGAAUCGGUUUCCAAUCAAAACGUUACGUUUCGUAAUGCGUCGUCUUCCCUGAAUAGCCACAACUUGACCAUCUGUGAAUAAUACAUUGUAUAUGGUCUCUAGAUCUCUCCCACAGGUGUCUUUCACAUAAAGGAUGUGGAUCUGAUUAAACAGCCGAGGCUGCUCAGCUCCUCGUUCAUUUCAUCAUUCGGUCACCGAAGACAGAUUUGACGUUAAUGUUUCGCCAGGAGUCUGCUGGACUGGAUGUAUGGAGGGGUGGACCCCAUGUUUGAGGGCAAUGGAGGCCCCGAGUGCGCCGCCUUCCUCUCUCCACGACAGAGACUAUUUGAGACUCUGAUUAUUGUGUUAAUUUCUAUCCUGGAAGUGGUGGUGGCUAUCAAAAAGCUAAAUGUCCCUAAAGAGGUCAGAGAUGUGGGGAAAGAUGGCAGGAGGAGUAAGGAAGACACUUGGGGCAAGAACCUAUUGCUUGUGGCUCUGUGCAUGACUUUUGGAGUUGAGGUUGGGUUUAAAUUUGCCACGAAGACUGUCAUCUACCUCCUCAAUCCAUGUCAUGUUGUCACAAUGGUGCAAAUCUUCCUGCUUGCAUGUCCCCCUUGUAAAACUGCUAUGGUUAUCUUUAGGCUUCAGGUGCACAUGCUGAACGGAGCCCUUCUAGCUCUCCUCUUCCCAGUAGUCAACACUCGACUGCUUCCAUUUGAGAAGGAGAUCUAUUAUAUUCAGCACUCCAUGUUGUAUCUUGUGCCAGUCUACCUCUUCAGAAAAGGAGGUGUGUAUAAGCCAGAGCCGCUCGGAGACAUGUGGUGGGCACUUCUGUCCACGGGCGUCCUCUUCCUCUACCACUUUGUGUUUCUCCAGGGCCUUGGAAUGCUGACGGAAGUGAAUCUGAACAACAUGCUGUGUCCUGCUGUCUCGGACCCCUUCUAUGGACCAUGGUACCGAGUUUGGGCGACUGGUCACCAGACUGCCCUGACGUUACUGCACGGCAAGGCUCUGACCAUCCUCUCGCAGCACACUGCUCCCAAGUGCCGCUAUUUACUGGAUAUAGCAUGUCUACGCAACAAAAAGUUGGACUAGUGUUUUUAUCAACGGUCUUACAUGGACAAAACCUCAACUGGAACUUGUCCAGCAUCCCUAGACAAAAGUAUAGUACAUAGAGAUACACUUUUUUUUUUUCUUCUGUGUGAUGUUUUGUCCAAACUUGGUUUCUUAAAGUUGGAUCAAAAGACUGUUUUAACACCAUAGGAGCAGGACUCGAGUGACAUUAACCUUGCCUUGUUUUUUUUUAGCUUUAGUGUUUGGCAAAAUGAACACUCACUGAACUCAGAACACACGUAACCUUUCUUCUCAAGUUGCCUUCUUCAGUUACACUCAACAGAGGGCCAACCCAGUUCCUUUUACUCGUUAGCCGAAUAGCUGAUGUGUGGUUAUGAAUGCUGCAUUUCCUUGCUAUAGACUCACAAAAUUACAUUUUGUUAAUAUCAUAGACCUGUUGUGGAAAGUGUAAACAUAGUGGAACUGUAUGUCUAGGAGAUUUUCCAAUGUUUCCAGCCCAUGUCUCUUUCUUUCGUCUGUAAAUAGAACUAAAGUUUUAGCUGAAGGUAUAAGCUGUGCUCACAUCUGCAAAAUAUUUUGUGUCCGUUUGAUUCCAUUUGCUAUUUGAUCUAGUACACACACACACACACACACACACACACACUCUACUAAUGAUAUUAUCUAAGGGAAUGGACCAUGUUCUUUGUAGAAUGACCAUUUUAAAGGUUCUUUUUUGUUUUUAUUUGUUCAACUGAGAUACUCUUUAGAUGUAAAGUUAAAAAUGUUAUUUUCCCUUUUAUUUAUUUUUUAUUUUACAAUCUUAAUAAUAAGCUGAACACAAUUAUCUAGAAAUGGGUGAAUAACCACACACACAAACAAUUCCAAUAUGUAGUCAAAUGAAGGAUAAAUAAACUUGUUACCAGCUACACAAGGGCUGCAUCUCUUGUUCAGACACUGUCCAGAAACUGCUCUGUUUCUUCAAGUGUAGUGUUCGCAUGUCAAGCCCAGAAACUAAGAUUUGCUCAAUCAUUUUGUGGCUGUUGCAGUCGUGUAAGAAAUACCAAUUUGAGCGUUCUAGUGAAUUAUGGGAUCACUCUCAUUUCAAUGUAACUUGACUGAACGGGAAACCUGUCUGUCUUGGUGUCAUUUUUGUACAUAUGUUUUUAUGGUCUAUAUUAAAGGUCUUCUCCAACAUUGA